AUGAAUAACAAAAAGGACUCUCAAAUUGUGUCGUGGCUAGAGGAAAUAUCUGAUUUUGAAGAUGCUAGUACACAGAUUGUUGAUGAAUAUGUGUCAGAUAGUGAUCGAUCUUGUCAUCAUAGUGAGCAUAACACGGAAACAAAACAGUCAACAGAAAGCGACGCUUUUAACACGAAAGUAUCUUCUCCAAUUGGUAUGCCUUCCGAAAUACCACCUAUUCGACGCCAAAGGACAUCCACUUCAGAUAUAAGUAUGAAGGAAGAAUAUUCUGUUGGGAGAAUGACUGGCAGAUGGCCAAUGAGGUUGUUUUUUUCGGUGAUGAAUAUUGCUGGUAUAAACAGUCAAAUUAUAUAUAACGCCAAUACUGAACAAUUGAUGCUACGCCGAGGGUAUUUGAAAGAAAUUGCCAUGGAACUUGUCAAGCAAUAUAUGAUCACAAGGUCUUCUAUAGACACUUUAAAUAUUCCCCUAAGGAACAAAAUUUCUAGCUUUGUACCAGCAGAACAAGCAUCUUCUUCAAAGAAGGAGGGCAAAUGCAGUAUAUGUUCCUCAAAGAAAAACAGGCGCACGAAAAAAGGGUGUUCCUGGUGCCCAAAGUUACUGUGCAACGAACAUUGA